AUGGCAUUACAGUGCUACGUCCCUCUGGUGAAGCCCCAACUGGCCCAAGUCUACAUCAGCCCUUCCCUUAACACGAUACAGAUUCCAGGUUCUCUAAAUAUACACGAAAUAAUGGCCCUGCAGAGCCAGUGCUACGCCCCUCUGCUCAAGCCUCAACUGGCCCAAGUCUCGGCCAGCCCUUCUCUCAACGCGAUGCGGAUUGCAGGCUAUGGAGCUGCACUUGCAGUGGUGGCAGGAACGACCUUGCUUGGGCCACCUUCUCUUCGAUCACCCCAAAUAACCAGGAGGCGUCCCUCGGUGGUUUCGAUGGCUCAACGCCGCAAUGCUAAGGUGUCGGGUCUAAGAGCAGCACACGCUCCUGCGGUUACUCCUGGCCUCGGCUUCAGAUCAACAGAGCAAGGUUUGAGGAUUUCAUCGUCGAGAGGGAAAAAGGAUGAUUGUUUCGUCACCAGAGCAAUGCUUGAGGGUUUCACUGAGCACGCGUUAGAUGUCAUGGCUCUCGCACAAGAGGAGGCACAACUUUUUUUAGGCCAGCACAACCUUGCAAACGUAGCACGUAUCGUCGCACACACCAUUGUUAUAGUUGCCGUGGGCUAUGCGCUUGAUGAGUCGCAGAUCUUCCGAAGGAUUUUUCAAGCCACACGUGGUCAAGCGGUUGGUGCUCGUGUUGUGGCAGGAAGCAGUGAAGCUAAGAUGCCGACACUCGAGGAGUAUGGAACGAAUCUUACAAAAUUAGCACAGGAGGGGAAGUUAGCACCUGUUGUCGGAAGGGAAAAGGAGAUCGAGAGUGUCACGCAAAUCUUGGGCAAAAUGAAGAAGAAGAAUCCCUGCCUGAUUGGAGAGCCUGGUGUUGGGAAAACGGUGAUAGUCGAAGGGCUUGCUCUACGCAUCGUUGCCGGGGAUGUGCCUGAAACAAUUCAAGGGAAAACGGUUAUCAGCCUUGAUAUGGGGCUUCUGGUUGCUGGUACCAAAUACCGUGGAGAGUUCGAAGAAAGGCUGAAGAACCUGAUGGAAGAAAUCAAACAGAACGGCGAGGUAAUACUGUUCCUCGAUGAAGUUCACACUCUGGUAGGAGCAGGAGCAGCAGAAGGUGCUAUCGACGCUGCCAAUAUACUGAAGCCAGCAUUGGCAAGAGGUGAAAUUCAGUGCAUCGGAGCCACCACAUUCGACGAAUACGCGAAGCACAUUGAGAAAGACCCUGCACUGGAGAGGCGCUUCCAGCCGGUGAAAGUUCUAGAGCCCACGGUUGAUGAAGCCAUAGGAAUUCUCAAAGGGCUCCAGGAGGGGUACGAGGACCACCACAAGGUCAAAUAUUCCAUGGAAGCGCUGAUCGCCGCUGCUCGGCUCUCGCACCGAUACAUCAGUAAUCGUUUCCUCCCGGAUAAAGCCAUCGACUUGAUUGAUGAGGCGGGAUCUCAAGUCAGGCUACGGCAUGGCAAGUUACCUGAGGAAGUCAAAGAUCUUUGCAAGAAGCGUGAGGAAAUCAUCAAACGGAGGGACGACGCCGUCCGUUGCCAGAAUUUCGAGCUGGCGAAAGAGCUUCGCAUGGAAGAGCUGGAGCUCACGUCCAAGAUCACGUCUGCCGUGCCGACGGCGGAACAGCUUCACAUGAAAGAGCUGGAGCUGACGUCCCAGAUCAAGUCUGCCGAGCCGACGGUCACAGAGGCGGACGUCCAGCGCAUCGUCUCCUCAUGGACAGGCGUCCCCGUGGAGAAGGUCUCAGCGGACGAGUCGGCCUGGCUGACUAAGAUGGAGGAGACCCUGCACCGGCGCGUCAUCGGCCAGGACGAGGCCGUCAAGGCCGUGAGCCGCGCCUUCCGCCGCUCGCGUGCCGGCCUUGGGGACCCCAGCCGGCCGAUCGCCAGCUUCGUAUUCGCCGGUCCGACGGGCGUCGGCAAGACGAAGCUCGUCAAGGAGCUCGCGGCCUGCUACUACGGCUCGGAGGAGGCCAUGGUCCGGCUCGACAUGAGCGAGUUCAGCGAGCAGCACGCGGUCGCGAAGCUGGUCGGAGCGUCCCCAGGCUAUGUCGGGUACGAGGAGGGCGGACAGCUGACCGAGGCGGUGCGCCGGAGGCCGUACACGGUGGUGCUGUUUGAUGAGAUAGAGAAGGCGCACAAGGACGUGUACAACUUAUUGCUGCAGGUGUUGGAGGACGGCAGGCUGACGGAUGGCAAGGGGAGGACGGUGGACUUCAGGAACACGAUCAUCGUCAUGACGUCCAAUGUCGGCAGCAGCCUCUUGGACGGCGACGAGCAGAUCACGAGCUUGAUGGUCCAGAAGGACAUGAAGGAGAAGCAUGGCUUCCCGCUCGAGUUCCUGAACCGGCUGGACGAGGUGAUCGUCUUCCGGCAGCUCACCAAGCCCGAAAUGAAGGAAAUUGCCUCCAUCAUGCUGGAGGAGAUCGUCCGCCGGAUGAGGGAGAAGGGGAUCGAGCUGCGGAUAACUGAGAGAUUCAAGGAGCUCGUUGUCGAGGAAGGCUACGACCGCAGAAAUGGCGCGCGGCCGCUAGGGAGGGCCAUCGGCAGGCUGUUGCAGGAUAAGCUCGUGGACAUGAUGCUCGCUGGGGAGGCCAAAGAAGGGGAUUCGUUGACUGUAGAUACUGACCCGGAAGGGAACGUGGUCGUCCACACCCGACGGGCUGGCUGA